AUGGAGCCGCUCCUGCAGCACCUGGAGCGCUUUUCUGAGGUUCUGGCGGUCUCCCGCACUACCCACGUCAGCACCUGGGACCCAGCGACCGUGCGCCGGGCCUUGCAGUGGGCUCGCUACCUGCGCCACAUCCAUCGGCGCUUCGGCCGCCAUGGCCGCAUCCGCGCGGCUUUGGAGCGGCGACUGCACAACCAGUGGAGGCAGGAGGGCCGCUCUGGGCCGGGUACAGCCCCCGGAUUGACAAACUUCCAGUCCUUGGGGCGCUGUGACAUCCUGCUAGCUGUGCGUCUGCUAGACAACCGGGCCCUGGGGCAUGCCGCCUAUCACCACCUACUGCAGCAGCUCUUUCCGGGCCCCGGCGUCCCGGACACCGACGAGGAGACGCUCCAAGACUGCUUGUCCCGCCUCGCCCGCCGCCGGUCCGCUGUCCAUAUGCUGCAUCUCUGUGGCUACCGAGAGAACCCAGUAGUUCAGGAGGAGUCGCUGGUGAAGACGCAGGUGGAGCUCCUGCUGGAGCGUCUGCAGGAGGUGGGGAAGGCCGAAGCGGAGGGCCCCAGCAAGUUUCUCAGCCGCCUGUGGGAGCGCUUGCCUCAGAACAACUUCCUGAAGGUGAUAGCGGCCGCGCUGCUGCUACCGCCGUCGUCUCCUCGGCCCCAAGAAGAGGAGUUGGAACUGGGCGUCCCCCAAACACCCGGAGAGGGUAGGCAGGAAUUGGUCCGUUGGCUUCUAGGAAAAUCGGACAUCAUGGUUGUCUUUUGUCGCAACCUCCCAGCCAGACUUUUAGCUUCGGUGGUAGGCCGCCACCCAGCGCUUUCCCGGGUCUAUCUGGGUCUGCUAACAGACUGGGGUCGACAUCUGCACUAUGACCUACAGAAAGGCAGUUGGGUUGGAGCAGAGUCCCAGGAUUUGUCCUGGGAGGAGUUGUACAACAGGUUUCAAAGCCUUUGCCAGGCCUCUCCACCUCUGAAAAAUGAAGUUCUAACUACCCUGGAGUCCUAUAAGGCGCAGGAUGGAGAUUUCGAAGUCCCUGGGCUUAGCAUCUGGACAGACCUGUUGUUAGCUCUUGGCAGUGGUACAUGAUACUGUGUUGGGGAAGAGACAAGGUCUGGGUUUCACCCAGGCCCCAGUUCUCUAUGGACAAUGUUCUCUUCAUUGCUCUCUUGAAUAUAUGGUUUACAAAAUUAAAAUUUCUAUGUUCUCACCAAGUUUCUACCUUCAUGUGUCAAAAAUAUAGUAAUUAUUGUUGGUGAUAAUUUUCAUUGGUUUAUUAUCCAGUUAUAAAUAUGUAAAGUGAUUGGCUUGUAGUGCCAUGUAUUUUCUGGAUAGAGGAAGUGACAUGUUGAAAGAAUCCUACUUAAACCAUGGAACUAGCAGUGGUUUUCUUUUUAGAAAGCCACUUUCUAAGGAUGCUAAAAAGAAAUAUUGUUCAAAGAAACCAUACCUUUAAAAAAAACAAAAGACACCCUUUUUCUGUCAGGAUGGUUUACGUUUAUAGUUGUUUUAUCAGCAGUGAAGGUUUCUCUUUAGCCAACAUGUAUUUUGAGAAAUGUCGGUUUGAAAAGCUAACUGUCCUAUUUGGAGUUUAAGCCCUGGAUUCUGACCUCGCUAACCUAGUGUUCUAACCAGUUAACUAACCUCAAAUAUGUUAAAAUUUUGUUAUUCAGAAAGUUUGUUUCUCAUUUCUGUGAAUAACUAUUCUUCGAGAGUUAAAACCAAAUAGUAAUUUAAAGCAUUGACUCAAAGACAAAAAAAAAGUUAAAAAAAAUGCUGAAGUAUGCAAAAUACAGAUAUAUGCCUUUGGAUAUUAAUUUAGCUUUAGAUGGCAAAAGAAUCAAACUUCUGAAUUAGAAGACCCAGGUUUUAGUGAUACUUCUGUCACUAACUAGAUUCAUAAAUCACAAUCUUGGAUAUAGUUGCCUCAUAUGUUAAGUGAAGGAUUUAUACUAAAAUAGGUAAAUUUCUUUAUUCCCUCAGUGGCUGCCCUAUGGGGACAGUUUAGAAUUUUCGUUUAGUGUUGUAGGAACUUAAUGUCAGUUUACCCAGAUGCUUAGAAACUUGAGAGGUUUAUUCAUUUUUGUUAGUGAUAACAAAAUAUCCAUAACCAGAUUGGAAGACAAAUUAGUAUCCAGAAAGUUAAUUAAUGAGAAUGGAAUUAGAGCAAAAGGAGUUGUAUACUCUUGUAGAAUUUUUCAUUCUAGGGUAGAACUUGGGGUAAGCUGCUGUUCACUAGCAAGUAUACUUUCCUAGAUGGUCCUGGGUUAUAACUCUAGCGUGUUCUUGUUCCCAGUGGCCCAAUUCUUUUUUUAGUUCUAUUCCAUGUAGAGAGCCCU